AUGUCUCGCUCGCUGUGCAUUGCCGCGGCCCAGAUGGGCUCGACGCACUACGCGGAUCCCCGCGACAAGACUGUCGGCCGUAUGUUGGCGUUGCUCGACGGCGCGGUGGCCAAAGGCGCCCAGGUCGUCCUGUUCCCGGAGACGGCGUUUGGCACCUUCUUCCCGCGCCACCUCAUCGCCGACCCAGUCGAGCUGGACAGCUUCUUUGAGCACGGCGACAUUGUCACGCAGCCCCAGACGAAGCCGCUGUUUGACCGCGCGCGCGAGCACAAGGUACACAUCUGCGUCGGGUACGCCGAGAAGACGGACGCCGGCGAGGCCUUUAAUGCGUGCAUCUUUUACGACGGCCAGUCCGGCGCUCUGCUCAGCAAGUACCGCAAGAUCCACCUGCCGGGCGACGUUGAGCCCUUUGCCGACGCCAGCGCCCUCAACCAGCUCGAAAAGCGGUACUUUCGCCCGGGCGACCUUGGCUUCCAGGCGUUCCGUGUGCCGGGCCUCGUCGAUAGCGCCGAGGCGGCGGCACAGGGCGACCCGAUCUUCGGCAUGAUGAUCUGCAACGACCGUCGAUGGGCCGAGUCGUGGCGUGUGCUGGGCCUGCAGGGCGUCGAGGUCGUGCUGUGCGGCUACAACACGCCCGGCUUUGCGCCGCACCUGUACGGCACCAACGGGACACCCGCCGCCGACGACUAUGCUGCCUCGCGUGCCAAAGCGCUCUUCCAUCACCACUUGGUCAUGCAGGCCUACAGCUACACCAACUCGUGCUUCAGUGUGAGUGCCGCUCGUGCGGGUCUUGACGACGGCAAGUAUGAGCUGAUCGGCGGCAGCUGCAUUGUUGGCCCAGACGGCGACAUCCUCGCGCAGGCGUUGACGGAAGAGGACGAGAUUGUCGUCGCAGACAUCAACCUCGCCGAGUGCAAGGCGGGGAAGACGCGCACCUUUGACUUCCAGCGCCACCGCCGCGUAGAACAUUAUGGCCGCAUCACGCAGCAGACAGGUGUCGUUGAGCCGCCGCGACUGGGGAGCAAUGGUGGUGUUGUAGGCACGACAGCAGCCCCACCAUCCUCGCGGAAAAUUCGCAUUCUGCUCGUCAACCCUAACAGCACCGCGCCCAUGACGGCUGAGUGUGUUGCCCUGGCUGCACCAACACUGCCGCCGGAUGUUGAGCUGACGGGUUUCACGGCGCCGCGACCUGCGCCCUCGGCCAUUGAGAGCAGCUUCGACAAUGUCAUGUCGGCGGCGGCAGCGGCACGUGCUGUCCUGCCCAUCGCUGCCACACAUGACGCCGUGCUCGUGGCCUGCUACUCGGACCACGCCCUCAUCCGCAUGCUGCGCGAAGAGUUGAGUGGCCAGCCCGUCGUCGGCAUCAUGGAGGCGUCGCUGGCCGUGGCAAGGACGCUGGGUGGUCGUUUCGGCCUGAUAGCCACUAGCGACCGGUCGUGCGUCGCGCACGAGGACGCCAUUCACAACAUGGGCCUGUCGCGCAUUUGUGCGGGCGUCGCAAGCUGCAAACUGGGGGUGCUCGACCUGCACGCCGGCGACGACGAGGCCCAAAUAAGGGUCAAUCAAUCCAUUUUCACAGCCGCACAGAGUCUCGUGGCCAAGGGCGCCGAGGUGUUGACACUUGGCUGUGCCGGUAUGACGCCGCUGAAGCUAGCUGUCGAGGUUGCUGUCGGACCGGACGUGACAGUCGUUGAUGGAGUGCUCGCAGGUGUACAAUACCUUUCGGGCAUCGUGCGUGUAGGCAGCCGCACGGCUAAAAUUGGCCUGUACAAGACCUCGUCGGCGACUCGCAAGGCCCGCGGCCAGGACUGGAUCUAA